AUGGAGAAUGAAGUGUACUACGAGGUGUUGCUGGGCUGUUCCCCUCCGUUAAACGAGAAGUCGUACACGGCGGAGGAGCACUACGCUCUGCUAGAGUCUGUACUGGGUAUCUACGGCAAGUCGAUCAAGGCUCCAGUAGUCAUCAUUGGCGACAACUGUUUGACUAACAAGGCACUCGCUGACUUGAUGGGGGUUCCUCUGAUUGGAUGCGGGUGUCACAAGCUGAAUCUGGCUGUAAAAGCCUACCUCGCCCGACGGCCAGCAGUAGAGAAGACGAUUGCCAGGGUCGACAAAGUUGUUUCGCAGCUGCGAAAUCUGAAAGCUGCCGGAGCGCUCCGCGAGCUGACGUCGCUGACCCCCAUCAAGCGCAAUGCCAGACAACUGGACGACAUUGACUCGAUCGGUCGUGCUGACUCGGAACGCCUUAAAACAAUUAUCCCGUCACUCAACGAUUUCAGAAGCAUCAUGACCGACCUGCAGAAAAAGGGCCAGCAUAUUGGUGCUGUCCACGAGACUUUUGGCCUAAUGACCAAAGAUUAUCCUGAGCUCAAGGAUUAUCUCGCUGCCGAUGCAGCUAUUGCGCACAACCCGCUCUUCGAGUCCGCGGUGGUCAAGAUCAUCAACGGGGAGAAGGAUAGUCUCACCGUCGAAGAAAAAGACCAGGUUGCCUGCUUCUUGCUGCCUUCGGCCUCAGCAGCGUCGGCGACACAGCGUCGUCCAAUUCAAAGUCGUGACAAGAAAACGUAUGCCAGCCAACUACGUGAACGCAAGCGACAACGGAUGACACCGAGCGAGGAGUAUGCCGACCUUCGUUUUAUUACUGGGACGUCGGCAUCGGAAGAACGACGUUUUAGCAGUGCCAUGCACGUGUUAAGAUCGACGCGGAAGCGAUUGACCCCGGUAAAUUUCGAGAAGCUGCUCUUUCUCAAGCAUAACCGUCAUCUUUGA